UCAGUGUUCCAAGAUGAAAUCGCUGUCAACACAGCGAGCCGGUUUCACCGCAUGCGUAUUCUCAGGCGGUGCAAUUCUUGUCUGCCUCGUGUACGUACCAUCAUUGGUAACCAAGAUUCAAAAUAUCAAUGAUCAACUGAAAGUUGAUAGUGAAGAGUUUCGAGCAAUGGCUGAUUAUACUUGGAGAGAGUUGAUCACAAUGAGAAGAGGAAAACGUCAGGCUUAUGGUGAUUCACCAAAAAAGACAUAUCCAUUGCACACGGCUUAUGUGAAAGAAGAUGCAUUUGUUGAGGGAGCAAGUACUUGUAGUUGUAAUCAGAAUAAUGGAUGCCCUGCUGGACAAGCUGGAGCUGCUGGAAAGCCGGGACUUGACGGAGAACCUGGAAAAUCUGGAGAACCUGGAGCUCCGGGACUUGCUGGAAUCGCUCCACCCGUGACCAUUGAUCCAACGAAAGGAUGCAGAGUGUGCCCGAACGGACCACGUGGACCAACUGGACCACCUGGAGAAACUGGGCCAUCUGGACCAGAAGGACCACCAGGAAACCCAGGAAGAAUUGGAGAACAUGGACGUGAAGGAUAUCCAGGACAACAAGGAAUUCCUGGUGAACCAGGGAAGCCUGGAAAACUUGGAGAAGCUGGACCAAAUGGAAGAGAUGGAACACGUGGACAAAAGGGACCAAUUGGACCAAAAGGAGAUUCAGGACCACCAGGACAAAAGGGUCCAUCUGGAUAUCCAGGUAGAGAUGGACAACGAGGUAAUGACGGAGAAAGUGGGCCAGUUGGACCAUCAGGACAAUUGGGAAUGCCAGGAGAGCCAGGACAAAUUGGAAUGGUUGGAGCACCAGGAGCACCAGGACAAGAUGCCAGUUAUUGUAAAUGUCCAGAGAGAAAUGCUGGAGUCAACAAGUUUGAGCCUCCACCAAUUGAGCAACCGAGUUAUGAGCCACAACCAUCAACUUCUCAGCCGGCCACCUACGCUCCAGCUCCAGCAACUCCAGGACCAGACGCAGCUGUUGAAGCUCCACGAUCUCCAUACCGAAAAUGGAAGUGGUUGCAAUAGAUUUGAAAUAAAUAAAUUUAUCCAUUUUAUG